AUGAGCGCAUCUUCAUCUAGUGGCUCUCUCACACCAAAAAAUCAAAUCUCCUCUUUACAACAAAUAACUAGCACUAAUGGAUCAUCGGGAGUGUUCCGAGAGAAGUAUAUAGCCAUGAUCGAGACAAUCUUUAACUAUCGGGAUGAAACUAACAAACCUUUCGAAAAGCCAGAUUCUUAUUGGGAUGAACUGUUCUUGUUGAAAAUUAAUAUAGGAUUUUUGGAAAAUACCAUUGUACUACAAACUGAGGAGGAAUUGAUGAAUAUAGAACAAACGAUAUUGAAUCCAUUUUGUUUGAAGUGCCUAUUUUACUUGAAUGAUGAUUCACAAAUUAGAAGGGCCAAUGCCAUUCAAACACUUUGUAUAAUAUUUAAAGGAUUAUUUUCGAAAAAGUGGAAUAAUUUUAGUGUGAGAAUAAUGAGUUUGGUUUGUGGAUUCCAAAGUGCUGAUGAAUUUUUUAAAAUCCUCCUUUCCAAGAGUUGUCAAUUACUGUUAAAAGAUGUUAAAAAGGUUAAACAAAUGACUCUUGCUUUAUUUAUUAUUUUACUAACAGGAGCAGAUAAUGCCAAUCAAAAUGCUAUUAUAGAUUACUUUACUCUAGUUGAUGUGUUUGAGCCACUACUCUUUGUUAUUGAAGACCCUUCAUUUUCAGGAAAGAUGAAAAAGAAUGCCAUUAUUUGUCUUUCACUACUUUGCAACUAUAGAAAAUACGAAACUGAUAACAAGUAUAUUGCUCACAUUGGCUCUAUUCAAAAACCAUCUUCAAUGAUAGCACUUGCAGAUGUUAUUACCAAAUUUUUAUUGGUUUGGAAUGAGGAUUUUGAAAAAUCAAUAGAACAACCAGGAAUUGUAAAUUAUGUAUGGUCUAGUAUAUUUGGCUCCUCAACUGAACAAGUUAGUAAGAAAGCAAGAAGUGUUAAUGAAAUCUCAGGAUCCCUACUCUUGCUCUAUGAACUUGCCAAUCAUAAUAAGGAUUUUGUAGGCUCAAUGACAAGAUCACUUGCUCAAAUAUCUGAUGAAAAAACCGACUCUCCAAAGAGAAAUAUCAAGGAUCAACUCGAUGAAUUGCAAAAAACCAAAACAACUAAAUUGUGCCCUCUCAUUUUCCAAGAAUUUUUGAAAUUUACCUCAAUUCUAUUCCAAGAACCAUUCUAUACCACCAAACAUGUCAAUAACAAUAGCACACUCUCAAAGACUUCAGAAGAUAUUACCAGCCAGUACUAUACACAUUUUUGUUUAUUAGUGAUAUUAUGUUUAAUUGAAAAGAAAGUUUUUAGAAAGUACAUUUUUGAUAUUAAUACGAAACUUGAUUUUUUCCUAUUCAAAAAGGAAAAGGCAGUCUUUGUUAAGAAUCAAUAUAAUGGAUACGGCACACUUGCCAAGGUACUUAUGGAAUUACUAAUUGAUUUCAUAUUCCAUCACCUUCAGAGAAAACAUUUUCCAGUCGAUUUAGCAAUGAGAGCCCUCUCUGCAAUCCAUUUACUGAUUUGUCAAAGUAGAAAGUAUCGUGUCAGAUUUGCUGUUGAUUGGGAUACACUAUGGAAGGCUCUCACAAUGAUUUGUGAUAUUAUUGCCAAGGAUAAUUGUAGUAAGGAUAAGGAAAAGGCAUCUCAACUAUUGGAAAAGGUUUUGAAAUUGUUUAAUCUUGGUAUUCUUAAAGGAGAGGCCUUCUUACCAACAAGAAAACAUCAUGAACAAAUGAUUUAUCAUUUUGUAAGACAAAGUGCUGUAUUUGAUGAGCUAUUGGAUUGGAUGGAGAGAAAUUUGAAAAAGGUCAAUACUAAUAGACAAUUACUUACAAACGUUUCAAUGAUUAUUAGUGAAAUAGGAGAGGAAAUUUACUCUAAGUACGGAAAUUACCCAUCAGAGGACCAAGUUUUUACUAUUAUUAGAGAAUCAUAUCCAAAACUGAAACUCAAUGAUUUCCAAACACUUGAAGAGGUUGACGAAUAUGUGGAAAAUCCAAACGAAGUGACAUUCUUUUCUCAAUUAUUACGUGUAUUUAUUUUUGAUUGUAAACAAUUGGUAAAUAGCUCAUUCCAAAAGAAUAAAAAUACAAAUUAA